AUGCGUCGUCGUCGGAAGCUUGGCUUGCUGGCUCCUGGGGGAACAAGUCUAUGCUGCUUUUUCACUCUCAGUUGUGAGGCUACUACAAUCCUAACGUCUAGAACAAGUAUUGGUAAAGUACAGAGUACUUCAGAAGACCUUGUUCUUCUUGCCAGAACUACAAGAACAACAACUUCUGAGCUUAGAACCGCCACAACCACCAAUACCAAAGACCUCCCCCAAGAUUUCUUUACAUUUGAAACGCCAGCACCGCCAGCGCCACCUUCUGGACCGUUUCCCUACGUGUUUUGGGUAACUACACCACCCCCACCAGAAAUCCCACCGCCACCAGCCUGGGAAAAUUGCUAUGGGUGUGACUGCUUGACUGUGCAUGCGGAUACGCUGAUCAUUAUGGUGCCUUUGUUUCUAUGGAUUUGUAAGUUGUAGGUGUUUAUCAGAAUGUGAUGGAGGUCUAAGACUGAUGUGUACAUGGUUGAUUCAACAGCCAAGGCAGGUGUGCAUCGAGGCGCAAUGUUCUCUCAUGUUUUAGUUAAACAAUGCUGCAUAUGCAUUGCGUAAUGCAUCUAUAUUCGCGUUGCGGAUUAGGUUUGUUACCUCUAGAUGUAGAAUAUAUCAUUCCAAGCACUGUUCUCUCUGCUCCAAAGCCUAUAUUCUCGACUUUAUUUCUAACCUCAAAGGUGGCGUUCUAGACAACGCUUUCACAUGCAUCGGAGGUGAUGCUAGUCAUAGCGUUCCAGUGGUGACAUGGGAUGGUAUGCCCAAAAAUAGUGGUUUGGGACAUCCAAUUUUGAAAAAGGGCCGCGAGGCAUGCCCAAAGGCUUUGAGUUUGGCUGUGGUGUUGGAGUUAUGAGUUGGUUCCUUUUAAAAGUAGUGCAAUGAUGAGUAUCGGGAGACUUUCUUCAAGAAAUAGAACCGAAGUACGAUGAAGGAACUAGUGAUGUCUGUGUCGAAAUGAAUAGUAUCUACCAAUAAAGAAGUAAAACAAUCGGUUAGUUUUUACCUCUAAAGUCUUAGCCCUUCGUUCCAACAACAAAUCAUCACUUUCAUUCUCCGAUCUCGACUACCCCAACGGCACUGGCGAAGUGACAAACAAGGUUUUCAACCAUUUUUGGGCGGUUGAUAUCCCAGGUGACUGGACUGGAUUGAAUGACGGCAACGUGAAAACGCGAUAUCGAGAUCAGCAGCUCGUUUUCGUCGGCAAGAACGAUGCUGGGGAGCAUGGGCUAGCCAAAAUCUGUUAGGGGUUUCCGAAUUGCAUUCCUCACUACCAAAUCCCUGACUCUUUUCCUGGUAGAAAAGAGGCCAGGAAUUAUGUGCUGAAGAGUGUAGAAAUUCCGUAACCUCUAAAUCUGUCCUCAAAAAGGAACGCAUAGAUAUAGAAUCACCGUCUGGGCAUUGAGGGACUAUUUGGUACUUCUAUGAGCAUACACUAUACGUUCACGAGUCCUUGAUCCGCUGCGAUAAAGAUGAAGUAGCAAUCUGUAGCUAUCUAGAAAUCCUAGUAAGUACCAUUGAUUCACCAAAACUAGCAAAAAUGUAUGACUCGCUGAUUCAACAGGGUUCGGGUGACAAGCCUUUGGGUCCAGAAACCCCUUGGGCGGACGUUUUGCCGAGGUUGGACGAGUUGGAACUGGCAAAGGUGCAGAUGUUUGCAACUGUACAGUCAGAUCCAAGUACCUUCAAGUAGAGAAGACGAAAACGACCGUCAUUUCGCUCUAUCUAUAAUGUGUAAGUCGUCAGUAAUGAGAGGAAUUCAAUCGAGGUGUUUGUUUUUUCCAAGGCAGUUGGUUCGGUAGGUGCUUGUGCAUAGGCUUUCCAUAGGAGGAGGUACCUUUACACUGAGUUGCCUCAUAGGUAGACGCGAGAUGCUACAAAAGAGGCGCCAUGACAUGACAUGACUUGUCUAAUGCACAGGAGAAGAAGAAAUCAAUGGAUUUUUUCACUCAAAGAUAAAAAUCGAUAAGAAUGAUGCUACACCUGGUAUGAAAACAAAUCUACCUGUGUCUGCCACAUGAUCCACGACGUGUUGACUGCAUCAUCCUUUGCCACAUGAUCC